AUGCAGUCCGGCAAACUGCCCCUCGAACUGUGCGAGGAUAUCAUCGGUCGCGUUCCGGACGAUCGCAAGACUCUGGCUGCCUGCGGUCUUACAUGUCGUCAGUGGCUUCCGAUCAUUCGUCCCCGCCUCUUCCGCUCUGCCAAUAUAUCUCGCAAGGAGGACUGCAUCCGUCUGGAAAAAGCCUUAAACGCGCCGAAAGGAAGCGUGCUGGGCAUCGGUCCUUAUAUCGAAGAACUCAUUAUCCAGAGCCGUGGCGGGCCAUUCCCCCCGACUUGGCUGGACCGCUGGUUGCCCCGGUUGUUACCAAAGUUAGAUCGGGUCCGUCAUCUUACUCUGAACAAACUAGAUUGGCACAGAGGAGGGCUGCGGGAGGCCACAAGGAACUGUAUCCUCACAUUCUCUCGCAUUGUCGACACCCUCGUGCUUGACGAUAUCAUGCUAUUCGACGAGCCUCUCGGGCUGUGGAAGUUGCUCAGUGCAUAUCCGAAGCUGAGCUCACUUUGGAUCGGGAACAUUACAGAGACGACCUCGAUGCUUCCACCUGUGCCUGCGCUUGAAGCCAGCGAUGGCGUUAUCCAAAUUCAGAAUUUCGUCCUGAAAAGAGUGGUCGCAUACGAGUGUCCGUCCAUUCACUUCCUGCUACAACCUCCAUUCCAAUUGCGCUUAAGUGUCCUCUCAUGGGGGGAAGUUACGGUGGGCACGAACGCAUCCCACCUGGGUGCGUUCCUUAUCGAAGCGGGGAGAUCUCUCCAGCACCUCGACUUCACGCUGAAGAGACUUUUUGAUCCGUCAGAGUACUUCAGCCUGGCCAGUAACAUGGAGCUAAUAUCUCUCCGUAUAACUAACAAACUUCCGAUGUCGCAAUUCACCUGUGUUCCAACCCUCAUUUCGGAGAUCGCCUCACCCAAUUUUCGACAACUCGAUUUUGAAUUCGAGGACCCCUUUGACUUGGGGCGCUAUUUCGAGAUGGAUUGGGAAGAAAUAGACGAAGCCCUGUCUUCGUUGGGCCACCGUCUCCCAUUUCUGGUUAUAUCCUUCAGUUACUGGCCGUGGAAGCGCACGCAUGCCAUCAUUGGUUGGCUUCAGAAGAUGCUCAAUUUUUUGCUGGCGCAGCUGCCAAGACUUGCAGCUUGCGGGACAACUCUACGUGUUUUAUGUUGUUGUGACUCGUGUGGUCGCAACUCAGGGCUAUUCGUGUCUAAUUCGAUCUAG